UGUCUGCUAGAAAGAAAAAAAAAAUAACAACAGUGCAAAAUUUGCCAAAAGUCUACGAUGGUCUUUGAAUGUCAAAAAUCACCGUACAAGAAAGAGUUUACGAGCAAAGUCGUCUCUUGUUCGCCGUGUCAGAUCGAGAGGCUCGUCCAGGGGAAAAAGGAGAAAGUACAAGCAUUUGAAGUCUUAUUGGAAGAUACCGUUUUUUUUCCUGAAGGUGGAGGCCAGCCUGAUGACAGAGGCUUCUUGAACGGAAUCCCUGUCUUUCAAGUCAAAAGAAGAGGGAAGGAUGCCAUCCAUUUUUUACAAGACAGCCUGGAUGUUGGGACUCUAGCUACAGGUGUCAUUGAUUGGGAGAGAAGGUGGGAUCAUAUGCAGCAACACUCUGGGCAGCAUCUAAUCACUGCAAUUGCUGAUGCUUCAUUUGGUUUCAAAACAACAUCUUGGUGGCUUGGGGAAUCUGUUUCCCAUAUUGAAUUAGAUACUGUAAAUCUGACUGAUGCCCAACUAAAAACCAUUGAAAGCCAAGUGAAUGAGAAAAUCAGGGAAGCUGUCUCUGUGGAAGUAAAAGUAUACGAAGGAGAUGCGAUACCCGACCAAGUCCGUUCUAGAGGUCUUCCCGAUGACCACGUUGGUCCUGUUCGCGUCGUAACUAUUUUAGGUGUAGACAGCAACAUGUGUUGUGGAACUCACGUUUCCAACCUUAGUCAUUUACAGUUCAUAAAGCUGCUUUAUGCUGAAAAGGGUAAAAAAAAUAAGACCAACCUCUUCUUUAUAAGUGGAAAUCGAGUGCUAGAUUACAUCAAUCGUUCACUUGACAGGGAGCGCCAGUUGACUAAAAUUCUGAAAAACGGACCUGAAGAUCAUGUCGAUUUAGCUAAUAAAUUACAAGCCUCAGUAAAGUUAUCACAAAAGACUUUGCAAACUUUGAUGAAAGAAUUAGCUGUCAAUCAGGCAGAGAAAAUUAAAACCGAGAAACCGAAAUUUUCGAUUGUUCACCGCAAAGACGGCGAUGCCGAUUAUGCAAGUGCUCUAAUUUCAGAACUGGCUUCUGAGGACAUCACAUUACUUAUUACUGUGGGAGAAGAUAACAACGGGCAAAUGACUCUUAUUGGUCAAGAGGAUGUGGUCAGCUCUCUUGGUCCAAAAAUUUGCAGUUGUUUAGCCGGAAAAGGCGCCGGCAAGGGUAAAAGAUUUCAAGCCAAGGUUACGCAACUCAAUCCAUCAGCACGGCAAGAGGCGGAAACGAUCCUUCGUGAUUACUUCCAGUGAGAAACAAGACAUCGGUGCAAUUAACUCAAUUUUGUACUUGAACCUUUCAAAGCCUGGCAAUAAGAGUGAUGUGAAUACAGACGAAACGAGUUAAUACCAA